AUGGCCGUUGUGGUCAUUCUUCCGGUGGGGGUGCGACCACCACAGUGGAAGAUGAAGAGCCACCAUGUCGCCUGCAGCUUCGCCGUCGGAACGCUACCACCCCUACUGCCGCCAGUGACGUCGUGUACACAGCCAGGGUCUUCGCCGAUUUGUUCUGCCCAUUUCUGUCGCCGCCGUGCGACUGUGCCGCCGAUAGCCGCUGACCGCAGCUGCUGCCCGCCUCCUUGUGUCACCGCCGUUGCACGCCGUGAGGGAUUUCCCAUGUUCAUCAUAUUUCUAAUCCACUCCAUCAAUGUCGUUUUUGGUCAGCUAGGUUUGCGAAUGAAAGGGAUGUUGGCUUCAAUUCAUGGAGAAUAUAAGUUAAAACUUAUGGUUUACACAAGAUGGUUAUAAGAUUCCAAAAGAUUUCCUUGUGAAAUUCAUGGGAUUACAAUUCCAAAAGAUUUCUAUGCUUGAUGUUGUGAAAACAUGAGCAUAUGGACUUCCUUGUGCAAUUCACAGGUCGAUUUUAGUUUAACAGCAUUACAUCAGUAGUAGUAUUUACUAAUAAUGUUAUUGUUUGUGUAAUAUGUUGGUCCUGAUAUUAUUUUGCAGGUUCAUUUUUGUGGAUUAGUUUUGAUCAGAUGUCUUAUGUUAUUAAUUUUGAGUUUGGUGUAAUAUGUAGUCAUAGUAGAUUUAUUGGUAUUUUUAAAAACCAUUAGAGUUA